AGGACUCACCGGUUAGUGUCUGCGGGACCCAUGCUGCAGCUAUCUCUGCAUCUACGGCCAACGCAAGAGUGGAAGCGACUAAGCACGACUACGCACAAGGACAGCCUGCUGGAAGUAUCGUUCACCUUCUACUCGGACGCUCGCUGUGGUGCAGAGCGUCUGGAGUUGGAUCUGCAGGGCUCUCUCCGGUUCCCGGCCGUUCGUCCUCCUUACCGGAGCAGCCAGGAGUCUGGCUUCUCAGAAGAGGUCCUUGGCGCUGGUGGUCCCCUUUACUGUCGCUGGCAGACGCCAGUGCUUUCAAAUCAUGACAUAUCAUUCCGGCUUCACAGCUUCUAUGCGCCUUCGAGCAACUGCACCGCCAACUACCUGCUGGUGGAUGACGUGGUGCUGUGUCCAAACCCACCAGUUAUCCAUUCUGUUCUCAUACACAGAGAGAACAUCAUCAACGCUCAGGUACCACUUGAGUUUCGAUCCGUAGACGCGUCAACCACAAAUUUCUCGCUGUGGUGGACACAAGUGAAACUACUCUCAACGCCGUCAAGCCCUGAAACUCUCGUCUCCCUGAGCAAGGAGUGCGAGUUUCUCUGUGCCGACAGCAUGGUGUGCAUAAAGAAGGAACUAGUCUGCAACAGUGUUCCCAACUGUCCGGAAGGGCUUCCCAGCAACAGUCGUUCUCAGAACUCCGCUGAGAAACUGCUUAAGAAUGCAGCGGAUGAAGAUGCCCUCAUCUGUGCCGUGGACCAUGCCAACGUUAACGUGUACUGGUGGAUUUUCGGUGAUGGUCAGAGAUGA